UACUAACGCCUCCUCGACUCGCUGACCCACUCUUGAUUCUUGAUUCUGCCUUUAUGUCCCUGUCAGUCUUCAUUAUGACCCCUUGGAUUACUAACUACGAUUGAGCAAGAUUUCGUGAAAAUUUCCUUUUACCCCACAAGUAACAGACUGUCCCUGACUAUCUAAAAAUCAUGAAAGUGUCUGAGGUUAUCCAAUCAAUUCAAGGGAUGCCCGUUUGUGACAGGCUCUAUCUUCUCUGUCAGUUGCUUCAAAGAUGUGUUACGUAUGAAUUGGCCUACCUGAGAUCCAUUCUACUUGGUAACUUGUCUGAAAACCUCUCCUCUCUCUCCACCCCCGAAAGCUUAGCAAAUAAAAUGGAUUUCCUCACAUUCAAUUGUUUAUCACUAGAUGAUGAAGUCCUUGAUAAGGUUAUCUGUUCCCUCUCUUUACUUCAUUACGACAACCGGCCUGUGGCUCAAAAGAUAUUUUCUCUUUUAAGUGAGAGAGAAAUACUGGCAAAGGCUGAAGAAAAUGAGAGCCAAGAGACGCUUGAUAAGCUCCGCCUACUCUAUGUCCUGGCUGUUUAUCAUCCUGCUAUGUCAUUCAAUCAACAGCAUCAUUUAUUGACCAUUUUCUUGAGACAUCUUGAUGAACUUUAUGAGCUAAGAGAAAAAGAAAUAGAGAGAAAGAAAGAAGAAGCUGAAACCAUUGCCUUGGCAGCAUCAGAGCGUCCCAGCAUACCUUCUGAUGAAGCAACAAUAAGACGCUGUGAAUUGAAAGGUGUAUACAAGAGACAAUCAGAUAAAAGAUAUCCAUAUAUAUUAGAGGUGGAGUGGUCUAAUGGGGCUUGUUCUCACAUUCAGCGUACAUAUGGUGACUUCUUUACAUUUCAAAAUAAGCUGUUGGACAUAUUUCCUGAGGAAUCUGGACAGAGGAGUAAGAAGCAAAGAGUGAUACCAUUCCUGCCUGGUAGAAAAUUGCUCUCUGGUCGUACUAAUAGAGAAUUAGCAGAGAAGCGGUUACCUGAUCUCUGGAAAUAUACUCAUGAUUUAUUUACACUGCCAGAACACAUUUCACAAUGCAAGCAUGUGAUAGACUUCUUCCGGCCACGCCAGACUGAUGCUAGAGAUGAAAUACUAGCCAAUCACAAGAUAACUACACUAGCAGAUAUGAAAAAUGCUAAGCCAAGAGGUUCUGUAUCUUUUCUCAAUAGCUCAUCUCCAUCCUCCUCCCCCUCUCGUCCGCACUCAGCCAUACAACAUGUUCUUAAUCCAUCUUCUGCCUCUCCAUCUGCACGAAGCUCCAAUACCCUCCCUGCACAGCAAUCGCCUGGUCAAAAAGACUCCAAUCAAAUUAAUAGGAGAUCAACUUAUCCAGCACGUCCCAGUGGGACCAGUGCUUUUACUGUUGUAACUCCAACUGGUUCAAGUGAAAAACUACACUCAUUAUCCCAGACCUCUAUCACUAGUACAAAUGAGGUUUUGAAUCCUCCCACUACUGUUGCCUGUCACGUUGUGACACCUCCUACUAGUAGGAGUAACGGCUCUCCUGCUUUUUCUGUGAGUAAUAAUAAAUUUAAUUCUCCAGUUGGAGGAGGAGGAGGAGUAUGGGAUUCUGAGUCACCUACUGUUAUCAAGUUUGUGCGAUCAGGUAAAUCAAAAGGAGAUAAAGGAGAGAAAUCAAAGGAGAGUAAACGUAAAAACAGCAAAGAGAGCAACAGCUCAUCAUCCCUCAAUAAGGCAGAUACACUCACUCAUAAAUCAGCUCCUAGUUGGGCUGAUAGAUGCGAUUCCCCGCCUAACAUUGAGUCAAGUUUAUCACCUUUCCAGACUGUAACCACUACUUAUAAUACCCCGCCUACCUCCUCUACUCAUCGUACAACUACUCCAAGUGUUGUUCCUUCCUCUGCUCCCCCUGAGACAGGGUCUCUCUCUUUCUCUCCGUCACUCCCCCAGCUGUAUCAGUAUGGUCUUCAUACUCCUUUAUAUCCAAUCUCUUAUACCCCAACGCAUUUUGAUACUCCGUCACCUAAACCCACUCCAUUGGGUAGUCGUACACCAGGGACGCCUACAACAGAGGCUGAGCAUUUUAAGAAAUGGUUGAAGUGCCAUAGACUUCAUAAAUAUGAUAAUUUAUUUACCAACAUGAGCUUUGAAGAGGUCACAAAGUUAACAGUGGAAAAUUUAAAGAGCAUUGGAAUGACACAGGGAGCUGCAAAGAAACUCUCACAAAAAUUAAAUGAGCAACUAAUAAAUGGUGCAACGUCAUUUCGUGACAUGCCAAUACCAGCCAUAUCACGACGCCCAUCAACCACUAGCCUUCCUGCUGCUCUUUUGUUAGAGAGGCAACAGUUAACUCCCUCAUCAUCUAUCGACCAGCUCAGUCUGCAUGGUGGCAGUACUUGCAGUCUUGAUGUACUUGGUCAUAGUUACUCUCACCACAGCACACCCAAACAUCUUCACCGCCAUAGUGACAGCAUUUCAGAUGCCAAUACAGUUGAUACUGCCAUUUUAGAGGCUGGACCUUCUUCUAAUGUUUACACCAGAGGAGGUAAUGAGAUUGAUGGCUCUAGAGGGAAUACUGUCAAUGGACAGUCUAGAUUAUCUUACACUUCAUCCUCUCCUCUUCAUUGGGCUCCUACUCCCUAUGUAGUCACUACGCCUACAGAUAAAGACACAGAGUUAAAAGAUGAAUUUAACAGACCAACAUAUUCACAUAAGAAAGAAUCAGAUCAUCAACCACGUCUGCCCCAUCGUCUUGUACCUCAGGGAACUACCAAUAGAAUGCAAGGGAUUGUAGCAUCAAACUGGCCUCAUCCUUUACCUGCUCCUCCUCCUACUGUACCGCCACAAAUGGUCCGUGGUGUCCACAGAAACAGUCAACCUGUUUUGACGUACACUCAGACAGUAAAUGGACUAGUUCGCUCUUCACCAGUUUUGCAUGCUGGUUCUGGUCCUCCUAGUAAUAGAUACUCCGCUCCUCCGAUCCAGCAAUCCUUAGCUACUCCUCAAAUUUAUUAUUCUUCUUCCUCUCGGUCUCCCGGCCCAUCUCCCUCAUCUUCCUAUUCUUGUUAUAAUUGUGGCAAUAGAGGACACCAAGGAGUUACCUGUCCUUUACUCUAUACCUCUCCUCCUUCAUCCUCAUCCAAUAAUAGUGCGCUAUUGAGAAGUUGAUGUAGCUACUGUCUAGAUAGUACCAUUUCAAUUACCUCGUUGCUUUUUCUUCCUAAUGCUAUUUCUCCCUCCCUCCCCUUUCUCUCCUUCUCUCUCUGUCCCUUGAUCCUGUCAUCCAUUCAUCAUUCCUGUUAAACCUUGGCCCCCUCUCUCUGCCUCACAUAAUAGUGUCAUCAAGAUAAUUUGGCAUGUACCCUAUUGUACGUUUAUAAGAAGACUGUUAUUAGUAUUAAUUAAAACACUCUGAUUUACGACACUUCUAUUCACUGUCAAUCUUUUUAGCUCCAUGCAGCCGUUGUCCUAUCUAUGUCAUUCUCCUUUUUAUUAUUCCUCAUGUGCUGCUUAAUAAUAAUGAAUUAUUAUGAUCCAAUCUUAA